AUGGCCGCCAACCGCAACAGCACCCCCGAGGGCUCGUCCUCGCUGCGCCCGCCCGUCAACCGCACCUCGCUCGGCGCCGGCCAUCACCUGCGCGCCUCGGCCGACACGGGCGGCUUCUCCUCGCCCCUGGCCAACCGCGGCAUCCGCCCCGCCUCGGAGGUCUACUUUGGCCGCCAGAACACGCAGUCGGGCAACCCGGACGAGAUGGAGCGCGCCGCCCAGCAGUGGCUCGCCGACAUCGACCAGUACGAGAACACGCUCGAGGAUAUGGCCACCGCCACCCUCGACCAGGACUUCAAGGACGAGCUGAGCGCCAUCGAGCAGUGGUUCCGCGUCCUCAGCGAGGCCGAGCGCACCGCCGCCCUCUACGCCCUGCUGCAGCAGACCACCCAGGUCCAGAUUCGCUUCUUCAUCCAGGUCCUGCAGCAAAUGUCAAAGAGCCUGCCCAUGUCCGGCGUCCUCUCCCCCGCAAGCUUUGGCGAGAAGGACCCCAUGACCCAGAAGCUGAGCGACGCCAUGAGCAAGCUCAGCACCGGCGAGAACCGCCACUCCCUCAUGGGCCGCCCGCCCCCCUCCCCCGGCGCCGGGAAGCGCGCCUCGGGCCUCGACCCCUCCACCAUCCACCGCAUGUUCCCCGACGCUGCCGCUGCCAUCGCCAAGCAAAAGUCUGACUUCACCGAGGUCGUCGGCGUCCCGCCUGCCUCCAACCGCAACAGCAUCAUCGGAGGCGACCGCACCUCGAUGCUUGCACCCACCAUCUCCGCGCCCGAGGACACCAACGCAAGGGAGAACGUGCCCCCGGCCUCCCCCUGGAAUGAGGCUCAGUCCGUCCAGCGUCCCAAGUCCUCUGGUCAGCAGCACUCGCAGUCGCAGUCGCAAUCGCAGUCGCAGUCGCAGUCGCAGUCGCAGUCGCAGCCGCAGCCGCAGUCACAGCAGCCCGCCAUGGGCCAGUUCACCGCCCCUCCCCCGUCCGCCGGCCUCCGCUCUCCCCGCCUCCCCCUGCAAAACGACAGCAGCCACGUGCAGACCACCACGCUCAACGCUCUCGAGGCCAAUUCCUCCGCCAUGCCCCUGCUGUCGCCCGCCUACGCACCCGGUGGGAGCUGGGCCUCGCAGCUCAGCACACCCAUGGUCGCCAACUUUGGACAGCAAGCCAACCAGGCCGACAUGGUUGCCAAUGCCACGGCCAUGAAGCUCGCCGCCCUGUCUACCGUCAACAACCGCAUCCAGCUGGACGACGUCCGCAAGUACCGCCGCGCUCGAUCCACGGACGGCCACGGAGCUGGAAACGCUCCCAUGUCGCCAGGCUUCCCGCCCAUGGGCAACAACAUCCUCAUGACCAACGAGCUGGGCCAAGUGCUGACUCCCCAGCAAGCCGCCACGCUGCAGGCCCAUCAGCUUGCUGCCAUGAACGGCCGCCGCUCCCGUCCCGCCUCCCCUGGCAUCGCCAUGCAAGGUGCCAUGGCUGGCAUGGGCAGCUUCACCUCCCCGCAGGCGAACGGGUUCCUGGCCGCCGACUACGCAAACGCCGGCUUGAUGAGCAACGGAAUGGGCUCUCUGAACCUGAGCCAGUUUGGCCUUGGCGGAGGCUUCGACAACCACAACAGCGGCUUCUUGGGCGACGAGAUCAACCGUGGCCGCUCGCCCCGCGGUCGCCGUGGCAGCUCCAAGCCUCCAGAGGACCCCACCGACCCCAGCCUUCUCCAGGACAUCCCCAACUGGCUUCGUAGUCUCCGUCUGCACAAGUACACCGACAACCUCAAGGACCUGAAAUGGCAGGAGCUUGUCGAGCUGGACGACGCAGGCCUCGAGGCGCGUGGCGUCAACGCCCUGGGCGCCAGGAGGAAGAUGUUGAAGGUCUUUGAACAGGUUCAAGAGGCCAAGAACGAAGGCAAGCUCCGAUAG